CAAACCGACACCGAUUUUAAACUCGUAUACAAGAACCAAAAACACUAAACUAGCAAGGAAAUCUCCUAGGCAAGGCUUCACAACAAAUCAGAAUUUGACCAAAAAGAAAAAACCUACAAAAUAUCUUUCAAGUUAGCUAAGAGGCAAGAAAACAUAAUUGAUUCAUCCAUGUGCAAUAAUUGCCUUACGUUGUCCCAAAAAUCUUGGUUGUAUGUCUUCGUAGGAGCCACGCUAACCUUAGCAUCAGUUCAGGCCUUUGCAAUACAACUCCAAGAGCAAUCAUGUAAACCAAGACCAGUAGUGGUGGGUGACCAGACUGAAGGUUUCAAACCAUACCACGUGUUACUGCACCGCUGCUCAGGAACUUGUGAUGACAUCAACCCAGAACGCAAACCCUGCAUACCAUCAACCACAGAAUUAAUUGAUGUUAAAGUACAUGAUCCCUUCAAUGGAAAUGAUAAGAUCAUCAAGGUUCUAAAUCACACAAGUUGUGAUUGUGAAUGCAACCUUGACUGUGAUUUGGAUAAUGGCCAGGUUCCAGAUGGAGAUCAAUGUAUCUGCAAACCUGUAUCACAGCCAUCUGGGAGGAAACCUGAUAUAGAGGAUAUUCUGCCAUACAAGAUUGGAUUGUGUGUGACAAGUGCUGUGGCAUUUUGUGCUUUGGUUUUUGGAAUGAUCAUGUAUGCUAGGAGAAAAAAUAUCCUGAAGAAGGUUAAGCAACCUUGCUGCAAGGGGAAGGGACAGGAAGACAAUACUGUAUGAAGAAAGAUUUGGAUAAAAUAUAAUGCAUGGUGUACAGCAUUAGAAGGCUUAUCCUAUGAUUAUUGGCAAUGGUCAUGGCAAACAAUUUUAGGGAUAUUUAGGUAUCUGUAAAGGUUAAACACCCAUGAUCAGGAGUAGACAUAAUUGUUUAGUUUAAUGUACAUACUAGGUUUACAUAUGAUUUUGUUUACAGCCUAAGGCUGAAUAGGUCAGUGAAUAAGGAGAGUCAUGUUUUUACACUUUGUAAAUAGUUAACUCAACAUAUACUUGAGAAUGAAUAUUUCUAGAACUCUUUGAGGUACACCUAAUUGAUUGAAACUGGCAAGUCUGACACCAUACCACAAAUUUGAGGUAUGAAAAAUGAAAACUUUGAUUUCCUCCAACAACCAGUUUUUUGUGUCUAGCAGUAAAUAAGAGUUCUAACUGCUUCAAUUGAGACAUUUGGGAGAAGUGUUUUCUUGAAGUUGCACAAUAUAAUACAGAAAAAGAGGAUCCCUAUACUUUUUAAGCAAAGUGUGAUUGGCAAUUUCUUUUCUUGUGAAACAUGAUUUCAAUUUUUUUGGGGGUAAUUGUGAUUAAAGAUGAUAAGAUCUUUUCAUGUCCUCAUGGGUAUUUUUUUUUAAGAGUCCUGUAAAUGAAGGGCUGAAAUAAAUUUAUUUUGCAAACAUUGUUUUUAGAAAACAUAGAAAAUUGUUUUUUUAGAAAACAUAGCUGUGGUUAAGUAAUGACAAAACGUGGACUUCAUACAGAUCAAGAAAGUCAUAACACAGACCAAUAAUGGGUCUUGUGUAAAUAGAAUAAGUUAUCAUCAUAAACUGGGUUUAAAAUGAGAAAAUUUUAAGUUGUAAGUUUUGUGUUUUAUUUUAUGUGAAACCUGAUUGUUUCAAAUUUUGCGUCCAUGUGAAAAAAUUUUGGAUGUUGUGCACAAUGCUUGAAAAGGCCAAAUAUUUCCCUGGACUAAGUUUAACAAAGGGGUAUAGGGAACCCUUAAGAGAAGUCCAUAUCUCCGGGAACCCUCAAGAAAAGUCCAUAUCUCCAGGUGCAGUGUCUGUAGUACUUAAAUACAGGUUAAACAAUAUUUGUUUUUCUUGCUGUAGAGAUGUCUCCUCCAACAGAGGAACAUCAAAGGGCCUAUGGUUCACUGUACCAAACAUCGAUGAUGCAAAGUCAAUCAAUAUUUAAAAUAUCCUUACUGGAUUUAAGGUUGUUCAAAAGAACAUUUUAAAAUUGAGAAAUAGUUUGUUACAUCAAGUAGCAUUUAGUUAUUGUAUAGUGAUAUUUGUAGGCAUUAAUUAAGAAUUAGAACACUUGCCAGGGAAAGGAAAAAAGUUAGCUGUAAGGUCAGGAAAUAA